UCUGCAUCCAUUGAUGGCUAUGGCUGCAAAGGUCUUCCCACGGCUCACCAUCUUCUCCCUUCUGCUCCUCAUUUCUUUGCUCAUCCCCUCUUCCCAUGGGGGCACCAUCUCCAUCUAUUGGGGUCAGAAUGGAAACGAAGGCAGCUUGGUCGACACUUGCGCCUCCGGCAACUACGGCAUUGUCAACGUAGCUUUUUUAUCCACAUUUGGCAAUGAUCAGACUCCAGUCCUCGACCUCGCCGGCCACUGUGACCCAGCCGCCAGUACCUGUACUGGCUUGAGUAGCGACAUCAAAGCCUGUCAAGCUAGCGGGAUCAAGGUGUUGCUCUCCAUCGGCGGCGCCAGUGGCAGCUACUCUCUCAGCUCAGCCGAGGACGCCCAGAACGUAGCAAACUACUUGUGGAACAACUUUCUUGGCGGCAAUACAGGCGCUGGGCCGUUGGGCGAUGUUGUGUUGGACGGGAUUGAUUUCGACAUUGAGAGCGGCAACCCCGACCACUGGGACGACCUAGCUAGGGAUUUAUCAGCUUUCAACCAAGGAAAGAAGGUCUACUUGGCCGCAGCCCCACAGUGCCCAUUCCCAGACGCCUCGCUAAAUGGUGCACUUUCCACCGGCCUCUUCAACUACGUCCAGGUCCAAUUCUACAACAACCCUUCCUGCCAGUACGCAGACAAUAGUGCCGACAAUCUCUUAAACUAUUGGAACCAGUACUGGACAACCAUUCAAGCUGACCAAGUACUCCUGGGGUUGCCCGCAGCUCCUGAAGCCGUCACCAAUGGUGGCUAUAUUGAUCCUAGCGUGUUGGUGUCUGAUGUUCUUCCGGCUAUUAAAGGUUCUUCUAAAUAUGGAGGUGUGAUGCUUUGGAAUAAGUUCUAUGAUAACGGCUAUAGCUCUGCUAUCAAAUCCAGUGUUUGAAAUUCCUAUUAAUUCCUUUUGAAUAAAUGGCCCUCUUGAGGUUUAUGGAACAGUGAUACUAAAUGUUAUUUGAAUAAUAAAGUUAAUUCCUUCAUGAUCAGAAUGCUUUCUGCUUCGUCUUAUUAAAUAAAAUAUUUUUAAUUCAA